GGUUAAAAUGGCGGCGGAUGAAUGCGCGCCGGGACUGUGCGUCGUGCAGGCUUAUGUUAGAGGUUAUUUGGUGAGAAAAAAGUUCCAACGUUUGCGUCAAGACUAUGAAAGCAUUGUAAAAGAAAUUGAGGGAAGUGUGGACUUUUUGGAAUGGGAUGGCAAGGAGCUACUGAGACCCACAUUUAAGAACCGGAAUGCAAAAGUAAAAGGAGUGAAUGAUGUAAUGAAAAUGAAAACACCUGAAACACUUUGUCCUGAAGGUGAAAAAAAUGGAAUUUGUCUGUUAUUUGAGGAUGAUGAACCAGAAAAAGAUUAUUGUGAGAGCCAGACCUUCUCCACCACAGGAAAUAUUCAUACAUUGUCUGAGCAGCUGGAAGUUCCUGCCACCCCAAUUGUAGUACCUGCUUCAUUUGAGCAGGCACCUGAUAAGACUGAAGGUGUUAUUCAACCUUUAGAAUUGAAAAAGACAGCCUCUGCAAGUCAUGAUGAGAGGAAAGAUUCUGAUAUCACAAUGAAUUUUACUGAUGUAACGUCAGUCUGGAAUAGCACAGUACUGGAGAUUUCAUCCAAUGUCACCAGUACAGAGAAUUUGUGUAAAUUACAAAGGAAAGAGAUGCCAGCAACACUAGAAGGGCUACAGAAAUACAGAAGUAGCCUCGCAAUGGAACUCUUGUGGCUGCAACAGGCCAUUGCCAGUCGUAAAAAUUAUUUGAUACUGAAGCAACGAUUGGGAACUCCAGAAUGAUGACGUGGUUUCAGAAUUGGUGGCACUGUGUGAACUAUAAGAAGCAGAUCUGAACUAGCCAUGGAACAGUUCUUCAUGAUGUUAGUUGGCAAUGAGGUGGAUGUAAGAGGAAUGAUAUUACAGGUCGGCUCUGUGUUUGUGGUGAACGCAAUGAAGCGGCACCUGCUGGAAAACGUUUCUAGAAAGCAUGAGGUUAAAAGAAUAUUAAUAGCAUUAACUUAAUACAUUCCUUGAAACAAUACUUCAGUUUGUAUGUUCCAGGGUACAGCUCUGUAAUGGUUCUGUUAAACAUUUAGCCCUGUUUUGUUUACUGCAGAAAAUAAUAAUCCUUUCAAAUUUAGCGUGGCAGGUUAUUUACUUGUGGCUGGUUUCCUGGCCACAAGUGGUCCAGAGCAACUUACACUGAUCUUGGCGUCCAGCCAAGAUGCUGCUAACCAGUUCCAUCACUCAUCAAUUUGUCUGGAUAUGCUUUAGCUACUCUGGCUUGCUGUAGAAAGGAAAUACCUGCUGCUCGCUUGAGUUAUCUUUUUUCUGUUAUCCAAGAGCUUUAUCUUGGCCAAACAAGAUGUGGUGCUUCAGGAUUAAUGUUACAAAAGAAACUAAUUUGGGUGUAUAGGAGGCACAUUUAAGGGUGAAUAAGCUAUGGAAGACAAAACAAUUAAAGCCCAUAAUUUCUUUUUGCAAGUUCUUGAUUUCACUCUGGUAAUGAAAUGCAUGUAACAUAAGUCAGGUACUUCCCUAAGGUAAUAGCAAAAUGGUACAUUUAUUUGUGCUUAAGUCUCUACAUCGUAAAGAAGGAAAGUGAACAUGAGCCUUUUUUGACUAUUUUUUAAACAAUGCCCAUGAAUUAAAUCAUGCACUUUUAUGAUAUAAUGUAUUCAGUUUGAAAUAAUGUCUAAUGGUUUCUGAUGUUGCUGCUGAGAUAUUGCAAUCUGCUACAAACCUCUAACGUAGAAGUAUUUCUGAAUUGUGCACUUACUGUGCAUUAGGAAAUUUCACAAAACAAGUAUAUAUUUGCAGUAAAUUUAAAGUUUUCUCUUCACACUACUCACCUUGGUUAUUUUUGAAGUAUACCAAAAACUUCCAUUUUCACAGCUCAUCUUUCAAAACAAAAUGAAAAUGAAAUAUAAACCUGGAUCACAGCAUUUUGUUAAAUUUCAGACAUGGAAUUUAAUUCACAGCCCUCAAACUUUGGUGGCUGUUGGUAACCCAGCUGCUCAGUUAUAUUCAAUUAAAAUGUUAGUUGCAAUUCCAGCAGCCCUAGCACAAUAUUUAGCUUCCUACCAUUGCAUCUGUGCCAGUCUUCUUAUUGAAGUUGUUUGUACAGCCCACAAAAAUGUUACAUAACCAUUGCAGCUGGUUGUAAGUUGCAUUUGCAUUUUAAUUUUACAACAAAUUAAUUGACCCAGCCCAGUAUGAGAACCUCUGGUUAAGACCACACAGAAAAUGUCCUGUCAAACUUCAUUUCCCUGUAAUUUAUUAUUGAUUGUCUUUGAUCUUUUUAGAUUUGGCAUAUAGCACAGGAAAAGAAGAAAUCUGGCCAUGAAGUACUUCACUGAAAUUAGUUUAUCAAGUACAGCAGUCACCAGUAACCCAGACCAACUUCAAGCACACACUGUGACUUUUUAUAUCUGGAGUGAGGUUGUACCUCACCUUUACAAUCACAAUACUGAAUGUUGAAUUCAUCUUUGUUUUGCAUAAGACUGUGAUGAAGUGGCUGCAGCUAUUAAUUUUAUGAUUACAUUUAUCAAUAACCCCUUUUAUUGUUUAAAAUUGAUCGCAGUUAGAUGUGGUAAACCACCCUGUGAUUUAGUGGAUAAAUGUAUGAUGCAAUCCUUCGUCAUACAGAUAGGUGAGGCACAGCUUCAGUCCCUGCUCAUUAAAUGCAUCCCAACUAGGAGGAAAUCCUGGUGCUACAGUUGAUUCUGCAUCCCUUUGCUUGGUGAUUUGGUGUGUGGCAGAAGGAGGGCUUUAGAGAAGUGUGAGAUUUGGGGUAAAAGCAGAAGGGGUCAAAUGGUCAGGGAUGGCAUUCCUGAUCAAUUUCCAUUGAACAUUGGUGGCUGUUGUUAAUUCAUGAAAAAUGGCCAAGGGCCAGAAGAUUGCAUGAGCUAGGAGUUAAACAUUUAGGAUGAAUUUCAGUUUUGACAAGGUGCAGAAUGUCUUUUCUGAGAUAGGAACACUCUAUCCACUCUUCCUGGCCAGUUAAAUUGAGCAUCCCCAGAUCAGGUACAGCAUAAUUAGUCAAUGUUCUGCUCUUACCCCUGUGAUCACUUGCUCUAUGAGAAAUCUUUAAGGCGUCUGAGUGAUAAGGAAGUUAACCACCAGAGGGUAGUAAAACUAUCUUGUUUAAGUAUGUGAGCUUCAAUUAUAUUCUGAUUAUUUCUGGUGAAUUAAUGUUAUAUAAAUACUAGUUCUUUAACAA